AUAUCUAUAAAUAGCUGCUUGUUUAUGCAAUGAGGAAAGUUGAGUCUGAGAGAGAUAGAGGAUUUGAGUGGGACAGAAAGAUUUGUAAAGGCAGAAAAAGUAAAUAUGAGAAAGCGAAGUAAAUUCAUCAAGACAAGCGAUUUGCUGGAUGCUAUUAGUAAUUAUUAAUACCACAGAAAGACCACUGUGGCUAGUAGUUCAAAGAGAAACUUAAGCCGAGCAGCAGACAUGGAGUUUACCAGGUGUUACCUUCCAAUGGAAUGGGAAGAGCAAUGGAGGAGAGAGAAGGAGAGGAGGAAAAGACUGAUUGAAGAAGGUGGCGAAGAAGGGAUAGAACAGGACAACAAUGAGCUAAGAAGGAUCGUAGCUUAUAAUGACUCCAGGAUUGGGCUGACGAGUCGGAGGGGUAAGAAACAGGGGUCAGAGGACACGGUGAGUGGUACUAGUCAGGAAGGAAUUGUGCAGCAAAUGAGGGAGGACACAUGUGGAGAUGAAAGACUUGAUGAUGUCCACACAUAUCGCAGUGAAAUCUAUCCUGAAGAGGUAUUCAUGGCCCUGAAGGAAUUCUGGGAUUCAUCUCUUCUCACAGACCUGACUCUGACCACUGAUAACGGGUACAGCUUUGAUGCACACUCCCCUAUCCUUGCUGCUGUCAGCUCCUUCAUCCGAGAGACGCUGAGGGAUGAAAAUGGAGAACGAUCAGAAAAUGAUAAGGAUGUGGAAGUCCAAAAGCGGUCAGUGUCUCUGUCUCCUGAGGUCGAUCAUGUUGGGCUACAGGCUGUUUUGGAGUUUGCCUAUACUGGAGCUGUGUCGUCUCUCAAUUCAGACAGCAUGGCCUCGAUUAUGGCUGCAGCUCAAGCACUGGGCAUCCCUAGAGUACUGGAUCUCUGCAACAAAGAGGAGAGGAUGAAAGGAGGCGGAAGUUCUAAGCAGGAAGAGCAAACAAUCUCUGCCCUAGAACAGAUAAAAAAUACUCUUCAGUCCAUUAAACAGUUGUGGGCAGACAGAGUGGGGUGCGAUUUGAUUUUGGAUGUUGACGGGACUUUAUUCCAUGUCCACAGAAUUAUCCUGGCGGCAAGCAGUGACUACUUCCGUGGCAUGUUCACCUGCGGGAUGAGGGAAUCCCAUCAGACCUGUAUUGCCCUUCCCUUCCUGUCACCUUCUGAGUUAGAGGCUCUGAUUAGCUGCUCCUACAGUGGGACCCUUCCACUUAGCUGGGACUGUAUCUUCGAGAUCUCCUGCACAGCCCUCCAGCUUCAGUUCCAGCCUGCCCUCUCGCUUUGCCUUGACUUCAUGCAACAGGAAAUGGAGGCAAGCUCCUGCCUGGAUGUGGCGUCUUUUGCUGAAGCCUACGAGAUGCCGGAGUUGCUUGAGGAAGCCAAUGACUUUGUGCUGAGGAACUUCUGGGAGGUGUCAGCCACGUCAAAGUUUCAGGACCUACCGGCAGAGAAGCUUCUCGACAUCCUCCGCUGUGAUGAUCUGUGCGUGCCCUCAGAGUUGGCUGUAUUUCGAGCCGUAAUCUCCUGGGUUGAGGCUGAUCCUGAGGAGAGAUUGGGCCAGGCUGGCGUACUGAUGACCGGAGUCCGGUUCCCCCUCAUGACCUUUCGAGAGUUCAGGGAGGUCAGGGCCAUAAACCUGCGCUUGGAGUGCUUUGGAAACAAGGAGGUGGAACUUCAUGGUUCAGCACUCAAGGAAUUUGCUUUCAGCCUCCCAGAAACCCAGGAUCUUUGCCGGGUCCGGCGUCCCAAAGACACUCUGGUUGUGGUUGGGGGAGACCAGCUGAACCCAGAUAUGGGUCAGCGCAUACCAAGUAGGGAACUGUGGUUUGCAAACUCCCUACGCAGUGGUACAGGGCUAGUGAAGGUGAUGGAGUGGAGGAGGUUUGGUGAGAUGCCGGACAAGCCAAAGUUCAGGCAUGGAGUGGCAGCAAUGGUGGGGAGGUUGUAUGUGUUUGGAGGAUGUUACUACUACUGCAAGGAUGACAUGAUGAAAUCCACCUACAGUUAUGACCCUGUGCAGGACAGCUGGAAGAGGCUGGCUGACAUGCAGGAGUUUAGAAGCAACUUCUCAGUGGUGGUACAAGACCAGCAUCUUUAUGCCAUUGGUGGAGAUAAAGAGAUCAACACCAACCUAGACAGCGUUGAGAUGUACAACCCAGACAACGACUCCUGGAGCUUUGUUCAGCCCCUGGACCAGGCUCUGAGCGGCCAUGCCACCACUGUCAUAGAUGGAGGAAUCUACAUCUCUGGAGGUUUCAACUGUAAGUAUGUAUGUCUGGUGUCCAUGUUCCUGUACCACCCAGAGAGAGGAACCACCUACAUGGCAGACAUGACCCAUGACCGGGCCCAGCACUGCAUGGAGCCCCUGCGAGGCCGUCUUUACGUCGCCGGUGGCGUGUGUAACCUGAGGACGUUUUACACUGACCAACAAGCCUGCGAGGUGUAUGAUCCUGUGGCCGAUUCCUGGACAGCUUUCACGUCACUGCCCGUGCCCCAUGUGGGUGCAGCCUCAGCCGUCCUGGAGGGGAAGAUCUAUGUACUGGGAGGGUACUGCCAGGAUGAUUACAGUGAGUCUGGACUGGUCCACCGGUUCGAACCCAGCACACAGCGAUGGGAGAACAUGGGCAAACUGCCUGGGGCUGUUACUGACAUACGGGUCUGUCUGCUCCGAUUGCCCCAACACUUUAGACUUUAGUAACUGGCUGGUCAAGAUUAUAAUUUUUACAAACUGACAUACAUUUUUGGUGUGAUCUAUUCCCCAAAUGUAAUGUAUUAUAAGCAAAUGUGGUUCAGUAAAAAAUACCCUGCUGUCUAAAUUAUAGAACUUUAUAUCCAGAAUGAUUGUUUUAAACACCAUGUAUUUUUUUCUUUCUAUAUAAUAUAGUAUCCUAAAGAGUAGGAUCGAAUAUACAAUCCCAAAUACUAGUUGCUAUAUUAAUAGAAUUAUUUUAAAUGAUCUAUCAAUAGUAUGUAUCAGUAGUAUAUAUUCACAGUAUAUAUUCACAAUAUGAUGAUAUGAAUCUCUGCAUGUACCUUAUUGUUGAGUGACAAAAUGAAAUGUUAACUAAUGUAUAUGAAUCAGUUACAUACAAUCUACUGACUCCGUUAGCAUAAUUUUUAAAAAGAAAUACUACUAGACACAACAUCAGACAUUUUAAAAUUUUAUUUUUUUGAUAGACAUACACUAUAAUCAUCUCAACAAACUCAGUCCAUUGAACUUGUGCGUUCGACUUGUGUGGUAUUUUAUUACAGAACCAGAAUGAUAAUUAUGAUAAUGAUAAAAAUAAAAUACAUUUUAUCACA